UCAUGGCUGCCGUCCCUCUAACGCCCCUUCCUCAAUCUCCCGAAGGAUUCUUAAACCCGUUUCUGUUGAACGGGCCAAAAGGGUUUGAUGAGUUCACUCCGCUUGCUGAGAACGAUGACACUUUCGUGAGGCUUGACCUUCCCGGCGUCCCAGAGGAGUGCGUGAGGGUUGGCCUUAGCAGGUCGAAGAAAGCUGUGAUCGUCUACGGAGAAGCACCCAAGGUCCACAACCAUGACUCCUCUUCCCGUAAAUACCUCACCAUCAUCAAAACCAUUUGCACUUGCUGCGACUUUGUCGGCUUCACCUACCAAAUGUCCGACGGUGUUCUCAGACUUGUCCUCUCCAAGACUUGCACCGAUCCCUCCUCCUGCAUCUCGGUUCUUGCUUUCUGUUACGGAGAA